GAACAGCAUGCUAGCCUGUCUACUUUGUUAAGAUGUUGAAAUCAAAUGGCCUACCUUGUUUCUCAGAAUGAGAACGAGUUGUCAAUUCCUUGUAUAAUUGUGUUUUAUGGUUAUUGCACAUUUAUAAAACAGACUAGACGGCUAGUGUCACAGUAUUUGGCUAAAAUGCUGCUAGCGGUACAUGGUCCCGCAAUAACACGUGCAACAAACUGAGCAUUCAUUUUCCAGAACCAAUGUUCAUUGAUACUACCAUUUUAGUAGUGUCUGUUCUGCGCGCAAUUUGAGUAGUUAACCUUUAACUUCUCCUCUAUUACAGUAAAAUAAUGUCUCAAUGUGUUUUGGUGUGGCCGAUUUCUGUUGUACCAAACCUGAAAUGAAAAUAGUGAUUUGAAAUCGCUUGUCAGAGGAAGAAGAGAUCUCAUCUUUGUGAGUGGCAGGGGGAGGGGCUUGGGGGGAGUGUCUGUGAGAGACAAAUGGAAAGGUGCACAGAAGGAGCGAAGGAGACGAGACCAAAGAGACAACUCUCAUGAAGAAAAAAAAAAAAAAAAGAUUUUUGCCAUACAGGCAUUUGGAAUGUCGCGCUAAAACAUGCAUUUGAAUUAAUUCGAUAUAUCGCCGGCUCUAGGUUAGAGCAACCUAGAGCUCCGUCUGAAACCCUGGGAGAUAUGGUGUUUUGUUGGAGAAGCUAAGCCUUUAUGAUGACAAAUUGCCUCGGGAUAUUGAUGUUGGAAUCCAACAUGGCGGAGCCUGGACUUUGGCAUGCUGCCGGACCUCCUUGACACGUCUGUGUCCUGCUUCGUGGUGAGGAUCUGGGGCGGUUGGGAGGAACAGUUCACACUCCUCAUAGAGUGGAAGGUCAACCUGGAUGGGCUCAGAUACACAGGGCAGCAGAUCCGCUCCAGGAAUCCAAAUGAAAUUAUAUUUGGAUUGAAUGAUGGCUACUAUGCAAGUGACUUUGAUCAUAAGGACCACUCUGAAAGGAAGAAGAACAGUUUACUCCUUGUGGACCAGAGUUCAGUGAGGAACUCCUACAGUGUCUUCUCUCUGCUGAGGCUCCACACAGCACAGAGAGCCAUCAAGCAGACCCAGGUGACGGUGCAGAAGAUCGGGAAGGAGAUUGAGGAGAAGCUGAGGACGACAGCGGCCUGCAACGAGCGGAAGAAGGAGCGGGAGUGUAAGCAGCUGCGUCUCGGGAUGCUACGAGGUGAGCUGGAGAGACAGAGGAAGGUGCUGGGCCGGGAGACAGACCUGCGGCAGAAGGAGAGAGCACAGCUUCAGAAGAAAGAGGAAGCGUUCUCCACCAAACACCACAGUCUGGCGAUGGAGAGGGAGUCGUUAACAGAGCAGCAGAAAGAAUGCACUGCCAAAAGAGAGCUGUUCCUCAAGUCCAACGCUCAGCUCACCUUCCGCUGUCGUCAGCUUCUCUCUGAGCUGUCCUACAUCUACCCCAUCGACGUGGUCACCACGGCAGCUAAUCAAUCCGAUUAUGUCAUCUGUGGAGUGAAGCUGCCCAACUCUGAGGAUUUCCAAGCGAAGGAUGAUGGGAGCGUUGCGGUUGCCCUGGGUUACACGGCCCACUUGGUGCUGAUGAUCAGUUGCUUCCUGCAGAUCCCUCUCAGGUAUCCUGUCAUCCACAAAGGCUCCCGCUCCUCCAUCAAGGACACCAUCACAGACAAGCUCAGUGAGAAGGAGCGAGAAUUCCCACUUUACCCUCGAGGAGAGCGUUUUCAGUUUGAGUACGGAGUCUACCUGAUCAACAAGAACAUUGCCCAGUUGAGAUACCAGCAUGGCCUGUCCACUCCAGACCUACGCCAGACCCUGCCCAACCUCAAGAACUUCUUGGAGCACGGCCUUCUGGUCCGAUGUGACCGGCAUCAUGUCUCCAGCUCUAUCCCGGUCCCGACAGGAGGCAAGUCUCAGAUCAGUGUCUCGGCUGCGUCAGAGGUGGGAUUCCCCACCGACACCAGCUCUCCAGACCGGGGCUCACUGAGGAAGAGGGCCAGCUCUGAGGCCGACAAGCAGAAGUACAAAGCCUCUCUUCCUCCCAGCUACAACACUGCCAUGGCCAUAGACCAGCCCCAGGGGGGCCUGCCGCCACCCUCCCCUUCCCUCAAACACUUGUCCUCCUCCCUGGACGCUAGCAUCGACCUGGCCAAGACUCUGGAGGUCCAGGCACAGCAGACACCAGCCCCAGGAGAGGAGGAUGGAGACGGAGAGGUAGAGGUGGUGGAGGAGGAGCAACUGCCUUCCACCACCACAAGAGGCUCAGAUUGCCCCACUCCGGCUCGGGACAGCACCAUUGAGGAACUGGAGGAGGUGACACUCACCAGCCAGCAGAAUACCAUGAACGGCUCAGUGGUGCCAGGCUACGGGCUGGCGGGGCCCACAACCGGGCUAACAGUGACCAUGGCUUUGAACCCAGAGUUGUGCUGCUCGGUGGAGCAGGCAGAGGAGAUCAUGGGGACUGAGGCCACAGGCCUGGGACUGGGGGACGGGGCCAGGCUGGAGGACUACCCCUGCAUCCCCGUGGAGCACGCCGUGGCCGUGGAGUGUGAUGAGCAGGUGCUGGGCGAGCUGGAUGCCGCCGGCUUCGAGGAGUUCUCCCGCCGCAUCUAUGCACUAAAUGAGAACAUGUCCAGCUUCCGCCGGCCACGCAAGAACUCCUCUGAGAAGUGACAACAGGAGAGCAGGACCUGAGGGGAGGGCUGGGCUGAGGGGUGAGGGCAGAACUGGAGUCACAGGACACAUGAGUCAGGGACAUGAACUUAGUGGAGAGGAGGGGGGUCCUGUGUGUUUUGGUGUGUGUGUCACUCUCCCUCUCUCCAUGCAUCAAUAGAAAUCAAACAUAGGAGCUACGGUAUCUGGAAUGUGACCAAUUUGCACUUCUUCUCGAAAAACAUGUAUAUCAGAGGAGGCUGGUGAGAGGCGCUAUAGGAAGACAGGCUCAUUGUAAUGACUGGAAUGGAAUUCAUGGUACGGAGUCAAACACAUCCAACAUAUGGAAACCACGUUUCACGCCGUUCCAUUUUUUCCAUUGCAGCCAUUACAAUGAGCCUGUCCUCCUAUAGCUGUUCUUACCAGCCUCCUCUGAUUUCUAUAAUCCUUUGAAAUUAAAUAAAGCAAAUGUUUGUGGUUGAAACA